AUGUAAUAUUCACAAUCAAUAUAGAAGUAUAGGAAAUCGACGAGCUCACCAAUUCUUAAACCACAGAGUCUACCUACAAUAAAUGAAUUGAGAUUUGCAAUGAGAACCAGAGCAGGAAGUGAUCAAUAGCAUUCAGUCAAGAUUAAUUAGGACAGUUUUAUUGCUUGUAGAUUUAAUGGCUAUUAAUUCUUUGCUAUUUGUGAUGGUCAUGGUUAAAAUGGGCAUCUUGUAUCAUAAUACCUUAAGAAAAACAUCCCAAUCAUUCUAAGAAAUUAUCUCAAAGACAUGUCCUUAAAUUCAGAGGGGAUCAACUAAGCAAUCAUUCGGUCCUUCUUGAAAAUUAAUAAGGACCUAUUUCAGAACAACAUAGACACCAAUUUGGCUGGGUCCACCUUGGUCUCAAUAUUGAUGAAAGACUAACAAAUAUUUUGUGCAAAUGUAGGUGAUUCAAGAGCAAUUAUAUGUCAAAAAGUGAAUACUUGGAUGGCCAUUUAAAUAAGUGUUGAUCACAAGCCAAAUAAUGCAAAAGAGAGGGCUCGAAUCGUAAAUGCAGAUGGCAGGAUAUCAUAGAGGAAGACUUCCGAAGGAUAUCCUGCUGGUCCUGAAAGAGUGUAUCUUGCUUUUUCAGACACUCCAGGACUAGCAAUGACAAGAAGUUUUGGAGAUAAAAUUGCCUCUAAGGUUGGGGUCAUUGCAGAGCCAGAGAUAUUAGAAUUUAAGAAAACUAAGGCUCACAAAUUUAUAGUUCUAGCCUCAGAUGGCGUUUGGGAUUAAUUGACAAAUGACGAGGUUAUGGAUUUGAUACUACCUUAUUUCAAAGAUAAAUAGGUUGAAUUGGCCACUGAAAGAGUUGUGAGGGAGGCCUUUAAUAGAUGGAAGCAGUUUUCCGUUUUGAGAGAUGAUAUAACUUGCAUAGUAAUAUUUUUAUGA